AUGUAUUGGCUCAAGAAAGAUGUGAAGAAUAUACCCAAAAUGAAGAAACCUUUUCGAUUCAAAGUCGGGGACCAUGUUCGAAUCACUCAUCUGAGAUAUGUAUUCACCCGGGAAUAUGACGAGAGGUGGACAGGAGAAAUCGUCACCAUCUGCCAAACACUACUACGUGGACUAACUCUAUAUCGAGUGAAGGAUUACGAUGGCGAUGGAAUCCAGAACACCUUCUACCAGUCCGAACUCCAAAAGCUUGAUGUAAAAGAAGACGGUCUCUCGAAAGUGGAAAAGAUUCUGAAGACGAGAGGAUGUGGUUCCAACAAAGAACACUAUGUCAAGCAGUUAAACUGGCCCCAAAAAUUCAAUUCAUGGAUGCCGGCAUCUGACGUUGACCACUUGUAA